AUUGACUCCAAGAGGUGGAUUUUCAAAAUGUUGCGCUACUCAUAUGUUUGGUUUAAUGAUGGCCAAACCCUGAAGUUUGGCCAUGGUAAGACGUAUCUUUCCUCAGUAUUUGCGAAUUCAGUUUCCAUCCGCUCUUCACAAUAUUGGUUGUUUCGCGCACAUAAAGUUUAGUAAUAUUGGGUAUGUAUAGCUUUCUGUUCCUUUAUUCCUAACCUUUCGUUACCGGGUAAGGCGAUUCGCAUGACUUAUCAUUAUGAUUUUGGCGGAAGGUUAAUUUUCACAUCUUAUGAGGUUAUAAUUGGCCUUGAUAGAUAAUUUGAGAGUUUGUAGAAGGACAGAACUUUGUGUGCACCCUAGCUGCCAACUUUGGGGAAAUUUCGGGGUUUGGGUCUCAUUUCCCUAAAAUUGGUAGCUUGGGCAGGACUUGCUUUAAUGCACAUUUCCUUCCAAAGAACUCCAUUUCUCUUCAAAAUGCUUCUGAAGUUCUCACUACUAAAGAGACGUGAGAAAUGUCAACAACCAGAAAAAUUGUGGCGACACAAGUUAGAAUUACGGUGAGCAUGACAUCCCGUCGGCUUUGUGUCGUUCGACUCUUAAAUCCCAUAUGUUCUGGGCAGGAAAACAGACGAUUUUCAAGUCUUCAUUCAUACCUUUCGAAUGUAACCUCAUUGACUUCUCAAACCCAACUGCCUGAACUCUAUCAUCUCCAUGUCUUCUCUCUUCACCUUUUAAGCAUUUUGAAAGAACCACCUGUUUGUUUAUCGAAUACAUCUAUGGUGUUUGGUGAUGUUCCUCCUCUACCUACAUGUACGGAAUCAUAUGCCUUCCAGGUGGCUGGUCAUUCUCGAGAAAAUGCAAGUAGUUUCGAAAUACUUCGAGAUAAAUCUAAACCAAUCAUUUACAAGUCAUUACAAGAUCGUGAAAGAGGUAUGCGUGAAGUGAUGUUUUACCAAAGUGUGUUUUCUGCGGAUGCUUCGGAAGCACUCAAACGUCUUCGUCAAUUUAUUCCAACUUAUUACGGAGUUUUUCAAUGCCCAGGAACUAAAGCUUACUAUAUGGCUUUAACUGAUCUGGUGGCCGAUUUCAAACAACCAAAUAUAUGUGAUUUCAAAAUGGGUACGGUCACUUAUUUUCCAGGUUCUUCACCAGAUAAAAUCUCCCGUGAACAGGUUAAAUAUAUGUGGCGUCGUAAACUAGGCUUUGUUUUAUCUGGUAUGCAGAUAUCUGAUACAAAAAAUCAUUGUUUAAUUAAGUUUCCUAAAGCAUUUGGACGUACUUUAUCUCCAGAACAAGUUUAUUCAAUUGGUAUAAAAUCAUUUCUAGGUGCAGAUCCUACCUAUUGUGUUAAACUUGCUCAAAAUUAUAUCAUACAACUUGGUCGUAUUUUAAAUUGGUAUGUCGAAUAUGGUGCGAAAGAGCUCACAUUCUGUCGUUCUUCAAUUUUAUUGAUUCAUGAGUCAUUACCAAGUAGUAAUAAUAAUAAUGAACAUUGUCCUUCCAAAUCAUGUUUUGCAUCAUCAUCAACACCCAGCACCACCGUCAUUAACAAUAACAACAACAACACAUAUCAUACUUCAUGUACAACAAGAAAUCCAACUGUGAAAACUUCAACAAUAUUGAAUAAUCAAUUCGUCAAUAACUUUAAUAAUAUUCCUUCUAUUCAUAAAAUCAAUACUAAUAACGGUAAUAACAAUGAUACUCCUAAUACUACUACUACUACUACUACUAGUAGUAGUAGUAGUAGUACUUCGACCGUACAUGCUCAAGUUUAUUUAAUUGAUUUUGCACAUUGGUCUAAGAAAAAUUACUCUACUCAAUGUAAUAAUAAUAAUAUUGAAUAUAAUAAAAAUUAUUGGACAUGUGAAUUAACUAAUGGUUUUCGUUAUGGAUUAGAAAAUUUAAUUCAAUUAAUGCAUUGUGUUGUCAAUAAAGAAAGUGCAAUUUGUAUAAAUUAAUAAAUAAAUAAUUAUUUAUUAACUUUCAUUAUGUAUCAAUAUAUAUACCUACUUACUUACUUACUUACUUAGCAUCUCUAUGCUAAUGUGGUAUGGCAACUUGAACUGAUGUACGUACGUAUGUACGAAGUUCUACGUUGUUACUAACUGACUUAAUUACGCCUGUUACUCCCUAUGGAGCAUAGGAUCAAUCAUAUAUAUAUACUAAUAGUUUAUUAAUUAGUCUUAGUUGAUACUUUUUUUAUUGAAAUCAAUAACAUACUACUGAUAUAUGUACACAAUAAUCUCUCACUAAUGAAGAGUUGAACACUGUCGUUCAUUAACAUAUCUACAGCCGCACACACACACAAACAAACACUUUCCAAAAUCCACUAUUGUUAUAUACUUUUUUUUUCUGCUACGAUUAAUCAUAUUAUUAUCAUUAUUAUUACUCAUAUAUUACAUUGUAUGUAUAUUACAAAGAGAAAAUGGUUUCUGCAUUUGGAAUAUUUCGAUCUAUCCCUCACUUUCUGUGUCUUUCCCCUUUUCUCUUUAAUGUAUCCGAAAAUGACUUCAAUAUUGAUAUCCAGUAUGUAUUUAUUUGUUUACUAUCCGUUUCAUAUUAAUCAAUAUUGUUCAUUUGUUUUUUUGUCAUGUUUGCUUAUUCAUAAUUAAUCAACAACAACAAAAAAAAGUUAUUUAUUUUAUUC